AUGGCCCGGGUCUUGAUAUUCGGAACUGGAAACAUCGGAAUAUUGUAUUCCUACGUCCUUUGGCGUGCCGGUGCAUCCGUUGUUUGCAUAUGCCGGUCAAAUUACGAGGAUGCCAAAGAGAAUGGCUUCACUAUUUGGUCAACAGUAAUAGGAGAUAGGACCUUUCGCCCUCAGAUUGUAUCAUCUAUAGAAGAUGCUAUUGCAACUAGCGAGAAGCCGUUCGACUAUCUCCUUGUAUGUACCAAGGCCUUUCCAAACAGCAACCCCAGUCCUGCAAUAUUGGUUGCCUCGGUAGUAAAGCACAGUCCCGAUGUUGCUGUCGUGCUCAUUCAGAAUGGCAUCGGAAUUGAACAGCCUUAUCGAGAUCUAUUUCCAAAUACUUGCAUCAUAUCUGGUGUGACGUACUCGCCAACUACACAAGUUUCACCUACUGGUAUUUGCCACACAGAGUCACUACGCUUGUGCAUUGGAAGCUUUUCAGCACAGAGCCCUUUGGAAGAUGAUACAUCCAUCAUUGCUAGUCUGGCAGAUCUUUUGAAAGCUGGUGGAGCAUCAGUCGAGGUGCACCCCAGCAUUCAGAUAGAAAGAUGGAAGAAGCUAGUAGCCAAUGCUGCGUGGAAUCCCAUCUGUGCUUUGUCCCAAUGUCGAGAUGUACAAUUUCUGAGCACAUCGCCCGUGGCAAUGGACUGCGCCCAAGGGGUCAUGAGAGAGGUAGUCGCAGUGGGAAAUGCGGUGCUGGGGCCUGGAUCUCUAGAUGAAGCAGUCAUCGAGCAUCAACUUAAGCGGACCGCUGCACGGAAGUGGCCGGGCGUUGAACCGAGCAUGAUGGCGGACAUCCUUUCAGGGAAGCAAGCAGAAGUUGCCGUGAUUGUAGGAGAAGUUGUAGAGCUAGCGAGGAAACGUGGUGUUUCAGCUCCAAGGCUGGAGACGCUUUACUCGCUAAUCGCAGCUUUAAAUUGGCAUAGACAGAAGGGUCAGUAA